GAGAGAAGAAGAAGAAGAAGAAGAAGAAAAAAGAAAACCCAGCGAGAGAAAGUGAAGGAAAGUACGAGAAAAUAAGGGAAAAUAAAACAGUUGCAGAGGAAAAUUAUUUUUCGUUCAGGAAGGGAUUUUAAACUCCGGCAUUGUAGCGUCUUCAACAAAACAUUUUCCAUGUGACUUCGUUUUUUUUUUUUUUUUUUUCUUCGUAAAAACCAUUUUUUCGCUGCACUUUGUAACCAAGUUUGGUAGAGUUUAGAACGAUUAAGGAGCUACAUUGUGUAGCUGCGUGGUUUUUUGGCUCGACUCUGGAGUUUGGAUUUUAAAAGGUUCCAGCAAAUUAGGGCAGAAGAUUGGAUCUUUUGCCUUUAAGGUGCUGGGUGAAUCUAAUGGUUUCGUCGGCAUUGUGUGGUGGUUGUUGUUUUUGCUGACGGAAUCUAGGGUUCGGCCGCUCUCUGAUCCGAAUCUGAUCAUUCUUUCACGUAAUGGCUUCUCAAGUCAAUCUUGUGGUUGGUUCUUUUGUUUGGGUGGAGGAUCCUGAGGAAUCUUGGAUUGAUGGAGAAAUUGUGGAAGUUAAUGAUGAGGAUAUUAAGAUUAGUUGUACAUCAGGGAAGACUGUUGCUGCCAAACGAUCCCAUAUCUUUCCAAAGGAUCCAGAAUUUCCUCCAUGUGGUGUGGAUGAUAUGACAAAGCUGGCCUACCUUCAUGAACCUGGGGUUUUGCAGAAUUUAAAAUGUCGAUAUGACAUAAAUGAAAUAUAUACUUACACAGGGAAUAUAUUGAUAGCUGUUAAUCCUUUUCGAAGACUGCCUCAUUUAUAUGAUAAUCAUAUGAUGGAACAAUAUAAAAGGGUUGCUUUUGGUGAGCUGAGCCCACAUCCUUUUGCUAUUGCUGAUUAUGCAUAUAGACUAAUGAUUAAUGAAGGAAUAAGCCAGUCAAUUUUGGUUAGUGGGGAAAGUGGAGCUGGUAAAACAGAGAGUACAAAGAUGCUUAUGCGUUAUCUUGCUUAUAUUGGUGGAAGGGCCGCAAAAGAGGGGCGGUCUGUGGAGCAGAAAGUCCUAGAGUCUAACCCUGUCCUCGAAGCAUUUGGUAAUGCAAAGACUGUUAGGAACAAUAAUUCAAGUCGUUUUGGUAAAUUUGUGGAGCUUCAGUUUGACCAAAAGGGGAGAAUCUCUGGUGCUGCCAUCAGAACUUAUUUACUGGAACAAUCUCGUGUUUGCCAAGUUUCUGAUCCUGAGAGAAAUUAUCAUUGCUUUUAUAUGAUCUGUGCUGCACCACCAGAGGAUGUUGAGAAGUACAAAUUGGGAAAUCCUAGAACAUUUCACUAUCUAAAUCAAUCAAAUUGCUAUGAGUUGGAUGGAGUGGAUGAUUCUAAGGAAUACAUUGCAACUAGGAAGGCUAUGGAUGUUGUUGGGAUUGGCUCUGACGAGCAGGAAGCAAUAUUCCGUGUUGUAGCUGCUGUGCUCCACUUAGGGAAUGUUGAAUUUGCAAAGGGAACAGACUCAGAUUCGUCUGAACCCAAGGAUGAGAAAUCUCGAUUCCAUCUUAAGACAGCAGCUGAACUUUUCAAGUGUGAUGUUCUGUCUCUUGAACAUUCUUUAUGCAAACGUGUGAUUGUAACUCGUGAUGAGAGCAUAACAAAAAGCCUAGAUCCCGAAACUGCAACCGUUAGUAGAGAUGCUUUGGCCAAAAUUGUUUAUUCAAGAUUAUUUGAUUGGCUUGUGAACAAGAUCAAUAGUUCCAUUGGUCAAGAUCCUGACUCAAAAUCCUUGAUCGGGGUUCUAGAUAUUUAUGGAUUUGAGAGUUUCAAGACAAACAGCUUUGAACAAUUUUGUAUCAAUUUGACAAAUGAGAAACUGCAGCAACAUUUCAAUCAGCAUGUUUUCAAGAUGGAGCAAGAAGAAUAUACAAAAGAAGAAAUUGACUGGAGCUAUAUAGAGUUCAUAGAUAAUCAAGAUAUUCUUGAUCUCAUUGAAAAGAAACCUGGUGGUAUCAUUGCUCUUCUUGACGAGGCUUGUAUGUUUCCAAGAUCAACACAUGAAACAUUUGCGCAAAAACUUUAUCAAACUUUUAAAGACCAUAAACGCUUUAGCAAGCCAAAGUUGGCUCGUACUGAUUUCACAAUUAGUCAUUAUGCUGGCGAAGUUACUUACCAAACCGAACUCUUCCUGGAUAAGAACAAAGAUUAUGUUGUUGCAGAGCAUCAGGCACUCCUGAGUGCUUCCGAAUGCCCCUUUGUUUCAGGCUUAUUCCCACCUUUACCAGAAGAAUCUUCUAAAACAUCAAAAUUCUCAUCUAUAGGCUCUCGAUUUAAGUUACAACUGCAAGCUUUACUAGAAACUUUGAAUGCGACUGAGCCACACUAUAUUCGUUGUAUAAAGCCAAAUAAUCUUCUAAAGCCAUCAGUAUUUGAGAACAGUAAUGUUUUACAGCAACUUCGGUGUGGGGGAGUCAUGGAGGCAAUUAGGAUCAGUUGUGCUGGAUAUCCUACUAGAAGACCAUUUAAUGAAUUUGUAGCUCGUUUUAGCAUCUUAGCGCCUGCUGUUCUAAAUGGGAGCUAUGAUGAAGUUACUGCUUGCAAGAAGCUUUUAGAGAAAGCAAAUUUUGAGGGGUAUCAGAUUGGCAAAACAAAAGUGUUUCUCAGAGCUGGUCAGAUGGCAGAAUUAGAUGCUUGUCGAAGUGUGGUCUUAGGAAAAUCUGCAAGCAUUAUCCAGAGAAAAGUUCGUUCUUAUUAUGCUCGCAAGCACUUUAUUUCAAUAAGGAUGACUGCUCUACAAAUUCAAGCUUUGUGUAGAGGACAAGUUGCACGCUACCAGUAUGAGUGCAUGAGAAGGGAAGCUGCUUCCUUGAAAAUUCAGAAAAACUGUCGUAUGUAUCUUGCUAGGAACACUUACCAAAAGUUGUGCUCUUCAGCUGUUUCUAUUCAAAAUGGUAUCCGAGGGGUGGCUGCUCGUAAUGAGCUUGAGCGAAGGAAGCAGAUUAGAGGUGCUAUUAUAAUCCAGAGUCAAUGCCGAAAAUACCUAGCUCGCCAUCAUUAUUUGAGGACGAAGAAAGCAGCAAUAGCUAUGCAAUGUGCAUGGAGGAGAAAAGUUGCACGUGGAGAAUUAAGAAAGCUUAAAAUGGCUGCUAAGGAAACUGGUGCUCUCCAAGCCGCCAAAAGUAAGCUGGAAAAAGAAGUUGAAGAACUGACAUGGCGCCUUCAACUGGAGAAACGAAUGAGGUCUGACCUUGAGGAAGCCAAAACACAAGAAAAUGCAAAAUUGCAGUCUGCUUUGCAAGAGAUGCGACAACAGUUUCAAGAAACUAAGGCACUGCUUGCAGAGGAGCGUGAGGCUGCAAAGAAAGCAGCUGAACGGGCCCCUAUUAUACAGGAGGUUCCAGUAGUUGAUCAUGAACUUAUUAAUAAGCUUACUGCUGAAAAUGAGCAGCUUAAGGCUUUGGUAAGUUCACUGGAAAAGAAAAUUGAUGAAUCAGAGAAAAAGUUUGAAGAGUCCAGCAAGGUUAGUGAAGAGCGGUUAAAGCAGGCUACAGAUGCAGAGUCAAAGAUAAUUGAGUUAAAGACUGCCAUGCAGAGGCUUGAAGAAAAACUUUCUGACUUGGAAACUGAGGACCAAAUUCUUCGUCAGCAAGCAUUGCUGAUUUCACCUUCUAGGAAAAUGUCUGAACAUUUAGCAAUUCCAACAGCUCAGAUGCAGCCUUCAGAAAAUGGUCAUACUGAACCACCACUGACUGCUAUGCCAUCAAAAAAAUUUGGAACAUCUGAUAGUAGAUUGAGGAGAUCUCAAAUUGAAAGGCAGCAUGAGAGUGUAGAUGCUCUUAUCAAUUGUGUCUCACAAGAUAUUGGGUUCACUGACGGAAAGCCAGUUGCAGCAUUUACCAUAUAUAAAUUUCUUCUUCACUGGAAAUCAUUUGAAGCAGAAAGAACUAGUGUAUUUGACCGUCUUAUUCAGAUGAUUGGUUCUGCAAUAGAGGACCAGGAUAACAAUGACCAUAUGGCUUAUUGGCUAUCAAAUACAUCUUUACUGUUGUUCCUCCUCCAACGGAGUUUAAAAGCCCCUGGCACUUUGGCAGCCCGGAAGCCUCCUCCUCCAACAUCUUUAUUCGGAAGGAUGACCCAAGGCUUCCGCUCAUCUUCUGCCAAUCUUUCAGUUGGUCCAAUUGAUGUGGUGCGCCAAGUUGAGGCCAAGUAUCCUGCUCUGCUUUUUAAGCAGCAACUUACAGCAUAUGUGGAAAAAAUAUAUGGAAUCAUUCGAGACAAUUUGAAAAAGGACCUAUCACCACUGCUUUCUGCUUGCAUCCAUGCACCCAAAGCCUCACGAGGAGUUUCGAAGUCAAAUGGAGGAUCAAAUGGAAAUAGUCCUCCGGCUAAUCCUUGGCACAGCAUUAUUGAUAACAUUAAUGGGCUUCUCUCUACAUUGCAAGAAAAAUGUGUACCUUCUAUUCUUGUCCAGAAGAUUUUUACUCAAGUUUUCUCAUAUAUCAAUGUACAACUCUUUAAUAGCCUUCUCCUUCGUCGAGAGUGCUGUACAUUCAGCAAUGGGGAGUAUGUGAAGGCAGGAUUAGCUGAAUUAGAACUGUGGUGUGGCCAAGCCAAAGAAGAGUAUGCUGGCUCAUCUUGGGAUGAACUCAAGCACACAAGGCAGGCUGUUGGAUUCCUGGUUAUACACCAGAAGUCGAGAAUUUCUUAUGAUGAAAUUACAAAUGACCUAUGCCCCAUCUUAAGUGUUCAACAGCUUUAUAGAAUAUGUACACUGUACUGGGAUGACAAUUACAACACUCGAAGUGUAGCUUCUGAUGUCAUUUCCAGCAUGAAACUCCUAAUGACAGAUGAUACAACUGAUGACGAUAGCAGCUCCUUUUUGUUGGACGACAAUUCUAGCAUUCCUUUCUCAGUUGAAGACAUUUCUAGCGACUUGAAAGAGAAGAAAUUCUCAGAUAUUAAAUAUCCACCAGAAAUUCUCGAGAAUCCAGCUUUCCAAUUUUUACAGGAAUAAGGCUGUGAUUCUACUCUCUUUGUGGUUCACAUUUUUAUACUGAAGAUUCAACAGAAUUUUCCAACUCCAACAGCGAGUCCACUGCCGCAAUGUAAAUCCAUCUCCAAUUUUUUUUUCCUUCCUUCUCUUCAUAUAUAUUUUUUCUACAUUGUAAGUUUAUUCUUUUUAAAUUAGAAUUGUAAAGUUCCAUUAGGCUGGUUCAGAUAGUUUAUAGAGGAAACAAUAGGUUUUUGCACUUUUUAUUUUGUUGUGUUCUGUAUUAUCUUUGUUUUAUAUACUUUUGUAAUUGGUCACUUGGGCCAACAUUCUUUGUAGGGAUAGUAGGAGAGGGGGGGGGAUGUAUUAUAUUUGGGAGGAGCUGAUAUCAAAUGACUACUGCUCCACUCACCAACUUUUCCAUUUUGUACAAAGCAGUAGAAAUAACGUAAGCUUUUAUAGUGAAACUGCCUAGUUAUAUAUGGUUUAAGCCA